UUUCCUCUUUCUCAUCUAUACUCCCUCUCUCUCUCCCUUCCUCCGUCUCUCUCUCUCUCUCUCUCUCUAUUUCUCCACCACCCCCUAUAGAGUGGACGAGUCUAAACCCGAGCACGAGAUCUGCCGCCGCAAGAGAAAGACAGAGAGAAAGAAGGAUAGAGGUAGAGAGAGAGGAGAGGGAGUGAGAGAGAGAGAGAGAGAGAGAGAAAGAGAGAGAGAAAGAGAGGGAGGGAGAGAAAGAGGAGAGAGAGAGAGAAAGAGAGAGGGAGGGAGAGAAAGAGGAGAGAGAGAGAGAGAGAGAGAAGCGGAGAGCAGCCGGUUAGUGGACGGAGACUCGUGCACUGUGGACAUGGGUCUGUCUGUGAAGAGCUGGCUGACAAACGAGGGAGGAAAACACUGCGUACUGGUGGUAUGGGUGGGGGUGAGUAUGUGGCUCUUCUGGAGGACGUUCAUGUUGUACUGCAGUGGAGCCCAGUAUUACUACUUACACAACAUUCUGGGGCUAGGACUGUGUGUGAGCCGAGCAUCAGCAUCUGUCCUGAACCUGAACUGCAGCCUUGUCCUCCUACCAAUGUGCAGAUCCGUCCUUACUGUACUGAGGGGACAGACACGGGUGAGCGGUCAAAAAGUGCGCAGGUUGUUGGACAAAAGUAAAAGCUUCCACGUGGCAUGUGGCGUUGCCAUUUGCAUCUUCUCAGUGGUUCAUGUGAGCGCUCACCUGGUGAAUGCCGUCAGUUUCUUCCGAUUCUCAGACGAAUUUCCUGACCUCAAUGUAGCACAGUACCGAGGCCAGGAUCCCCGUGUUCUCAUUCUGAUCACAGUUCCUGGGAUUACAGGUAUCCUAUUGGUGCUCAUUUUGUUCCUGAUGUUUACAGCAUCCUCGCACAGCUUGCGAGUGUGCAACUAUGAGAUCUUCUGGUACACUCACAACCUUUUUAUCAUCUUCUACAUUAUACUGAUGCUGCAUGCGCUGGGAGGAACUUUGAAGGUUCAGAUGAACGUGGAAGCCCACCCGCCAGGCUGCGUCUCGGCCAAUCAGACACAUCCAACCAAUCCGAUAUCAGGAGACGAAAAGAGGGCGGAGUCAGCCAAGGGCUCACCUGAAGUGUGUGAUGACGAGGCCAGGUUUCAAGGUCAUUUUCCUCAGACGUGGUUGUGGGUCUCCGCUCCACUCUGUCUGUACUGUGCAGAGAGGGUGUAUCGAUACGUAAGAUCCGGCACCCCUGUUACCAUGGUUACGGUCACCAGGCACCCCGGAGAUGUCCUUGAAUUGCGCAUGCUGAAGAGUGGCUUUAGGCCCCGCCCAGGACAGUACAUCUUGCUGAACUGCCCGAGUGUGUCAUCAUUUGAAAACCAUGCAUUCACCCUGACAGCAUGCCCAACUCAAAACAGACAGACAUUUGGGAUUCAUAUUAGAGUGCUUGGGGACUGGACAAAAAGUUUCUCAGAGUUGUUGCUUCCUGAGUCAGAGCACUCUGAAAUCCUUCCCAUGAUGCAUCAGCGCAGAUACCCCAAGCUGUAUGUGGAUGGUCCAUUUGGCAGUGCAUCUGAGGAGGUGUUUCAUUAUGAAGUGAGUGUGUGUGUGGCAGGGGGGAUCGGUGUAACACCCUUUGCCUGCGUUAUACACACUCUGCUUGAUAACUGGCAUCACUAUAAGCUGCGGAGGCUGUACUUUGUGUGGAUUUGUCGAGAGUUGCAGUGUUUCUAUUGGUUUGCUGAACUGCUGUGUAGUUUAUAUCGCAAGUUGUGGGAGGAGAAUCGUCCUGAUUUCCUGAAUAUUCGUCUUUAUCUUACUAGUACACACAAGCUACAGCAGAAUCUCACUGAGGAAAAGUACCGCCCCCUGAGUUCCAGGCUUGUGAUUGGUCGGCCCCGGUGGAAGCAUCUUUUUCAAGAGAUAGGGAAAGCCAAUCAGCAUAAGAAAGUGGGCGUGUUCUGCUGCGGCCCCAAAAGCAUCUCCCGAGAGUUACACAAGCUGUGCAACUCGUUCUCGUCCACGACGACUGUCUUCGAGUACAACAAGGAGUCCUUCAGCUAACACCCUCCUGAACUGAACAUAAAAUCGACCUCAAAAAGUAGGAUUUUUCAGGACGUUCACGAAGGAAUAUUCAUUUAGAAACAAAGGGAUUUUUUUUUACAAUUUUCGCCAUUUUUUAAAAUAAUUUGUGAUUAUUUAAAAAGUUUUGAAAAGUUUUAUUCUUAAUUUUUUGGUCUGAAUUGUUUUGAAAAAUUAACAAACCAAAUGCCACAUUUCCAGGCUUUUUUUUCAUAGUUGAACUUUUUGAAUGCGUAUUUUCUACACAUUUAAUUUUUUUUAUUAAAUAAUUAAUGAAAUUGAGCCGAAACAAAUGUUUCAUCUGACAUCUGAGUUACACUGUAUAACCAAAAGUAUUGGAACACCCGACUUCCAGCUAUACGGAGUUCUUCCUCAAAUUGCCUCACAAAGUCAGAGGCACACGAUUGUAAAGGACGCCUUUGGACGUGGGAGCAUGACAUUUUUUCACGUGAAGUAGGAGACCCAAACCUGUACCAAGUUCACAAAGCCAGCUCUGUGAAGAUCUCCUGCUAUACAACUUCAACUAUCGAACACCGUUGGGAGGAAUUUAUCUUGCUGACUGCACCCCAGGAACCUCCUCACCUCACCUCACCUCACCUCACCUCACCUCCAUCAGUACCUGACUUUAAUAAAUAAAUGAAUCUCCACAAAAUCUAGUGGAACAUCUUCCCAAAGGACUAUAACAGUAAACAGAGACUUAAAGUGGGAUAUUCAGGCCAUAUCGUGUGUGUGUGUGUGUGUGUGUGUGUGUGUGUGUGUGUGUGUUUGUAACUCUGCAGGUUGUGGAUUUCAUGGGCACUUUAUUUAAUCAGUAUAUAAAAUGUUUUUUUGGUGUUUUA